AGGGUAUUUCUUUCUUCAGAUUCUCUCUCAUCAAUUCGAUAAGAGAGAAGAAAAGUACCCAUUUGCUGGCUCUCACGCUAACCUGAGAUCACACAAAUCCUCUUUUUUUCUUCAGCUCUUUUGUGCCCUCUCACUUAAGCAGGGACCAUGAUUAAGUUGUUUAAAGUAAAAGAAAAGCAGAGAGAACAAGCUGAGAAUGCAAAUGGAAAGCCACCAGUCAAGAAACAAAGUGCAGGAGAGUUGCGUCUUCACAAAGAUAUAAGUGAGCUAAAUCUACCCAAAACAUGUAGCAUAUCAUUUCCCAAUGGAAAAGAUGACCUCAUGAACUUUGAAGUCACCAUUCGGCCUGAUGAAGGAUAUUACAUGGGUGGCACAUUUACGUUCUCUUUCAGCAUUUCUCCAAUGUAUCCUCAUGAAGCCCCAAAGGUUAAGUGCAAGACAAAGGUUUACCACCCUAAUAUUGACUUAGAAGGAAAUGUGUGUCUCAACAUUCUUCGAGAAGACUGGAAACCUGUGCUUAACAUUAACACCAUUAUCUAUGGCUUAUAUCAUCUGUUCACGGAGCCGAAUCACGAGGAUCCCCUCAAUCAUGACGCAGCUGCUGUACUAAGAGACAACCCAAAGUUGUUCGAGUCCAACGUUAGAAGGGCAAUGCAUGGAGGCUAUGUUGGGCAAACGUUCUUUCCUCGCUGCAUGUAACAUCUUUACUGAUUGAAGAAGCUGAUGGUGGAAGUUUGAGAACUCUGUAAAGUUUGGGUGCAAAAUCAUUUCAGGUGGUCUUUCUGCAACAGAAUAUGGGUUCAAAUGUCUUAAAAUAUAUGUAACUCGGACCAGAAAAAAUUCUGUAUGCUAAGUGUAAACUUUGCAAUUUGUUUUUGGACAAGUUUAUUGCGUUAGACCAAUGGUGUAGACCUAUGUUUUGGAUUAACUUGUGUACAAUCUGAAAUUUUUAUUCUAUGGGAGAUUCGAGCAUGAUAAUUGUCUUAUUA